UCUUCUCAAUCUCUUUCAAGUUUCAAGCUUUAAUUAAUGGCAUCCAUGGCUACUAGCUCCUCCACUGUUGUCAGAGCCACCCCUUUCUUGGGUCAAACUAGAGCCUCCAAUGUUAACUCCCUUAGAGAUUCUGUUUCCAUGGUCAAUGGCAAGUUCACCAUGGGAAAUGAGUUGUGGUAUGGACCGGACCGAGUGAAGUACUUGGGACCUUUUUCGGCCCAAACACCAUCAUACUUGACCGGUGAAUUCCCGGGUGACUAUGGUUGGGACACCGCCGGUUUAUCCGCUGAUCCUGAGGCUUUUGCCAAGAACCGGGCUCUUGAGGUGAUCCACGGGAGAUGGGCGAUGCUAGGAGCAUUCGGGUGCAUCACCCCCGAAGUGCUCGAGAAAUGGGUGAAAGUAGAUUUCAAGGAGCCCGUUUGGUUCAAAGCCGGAGCCCAAAUCUUCUCCGAAGGCGGGCUAGACUAUUUGGGCAACCCAAACCUAGUCCACGCCCAAAGCAUAUUAGCGGUACUCGGUUUCCAAGUGGUCCUAAUGGGCCUAGUUGAAGGGUUCCGUAUUAACGGGCUUGAGGGUGUUGGAGAUGGUAACAACCUCUACCCGGGUGGUCAAUACUUUGACCCAUUGGGCCUUGCGGACGACCCGAUUACUUUUGCUGAGUUGAAGGUGAAGGAAAUCAAGAAUGGAAGACUAGCAAUGUUUUCAAUGUUUGGGUUCUUUGUGCAAGCAAUUGUGACAGGAAAAGGACCAUUGGAGAACCUUUUGGACCAUUUGGAUAACCCUGUGGCUAACAAUGCUUGGGUCUAUGCCACCAAGUUUGUUCCUGGUUCAUAAACAUUGUGGCUCGUGAAUUGUUCUUGUAAACUAUGACUUGGAUGAAAAAAAAAAUUAAUUAACUGUAUGCAGAAAUAUCAAUGUGGAUGAACUUUUUUUAAUUAUAUAAAAUGGUAUAAAUUUGUAUUUUAA